GAAGCUUCAUGCGGAUGGAAGAGUGGAAAUAAUUGACAAUAAACACAUAUCGUGUGCCACCCGAAAAGUAAAGGUGUACAGUACUGCGGUUUAAUCCACUGCAUUAUCAAUGAUACAGUUAUCUAGGGAAGCUGCUGUUUGAACCCUUACAGUCGCUGACAGCUACUUCGAGGCGGAAAAAUGGAACAUAUCCGAACACCGAAGGUGGAGCAGGUGCGGCUGAUUGAUCGCUUCAGCAACAAAUCCACGAACGGCACACUGUACCUCACAGCCACACAUCUCAUCUUUGUGGAGAGCAACUCUAACAACUCAGCCUCAGCUGGACAGGAGAUCUGGAUUUUGCACCACCAUAUAGCCUCCGUGGAGAAGCUCAGUCUGACCACCACCGGCUGUCCUCUGGUCAUUCAGUGUCGCAACUUCAGGGUGGUUCAUUUUGUUUUACAAAGAGAAAGGGACUGCCAUGACAUCUAUAGCUCCCUGCUGCGUCUUCUACGGCCCGUGUGCUACGAGGAGCUCUAUGCGUUCUCCUACAACCCCAAACAGAAUGACCAGCAGAGAGAGGAAGGAUGGCAGCUAAUUGACCUGGGGGCGGAGUUUGAGAGGAUGGGUGUCCCCUGUGACCAAUGGCAGCUCACUGAUGUCAACAGAGACUACAAGGUGUGUGAGACAUAUCCCCGGGACCUUUACGUUCCCAUCACAGCCAGUAAGCCAAUCAUUGUGGGGAGCUCCAAAUUCAGAAGCAAAGGCCGCUUCCCUGUACUCACAUAUUUCUACCAAGAAAAAAAGGCCGCCGUGUGUCGCUGCAGCCAGCCUCUCUCUGGGUUCAGCGCACGAUGCCUGGAGGAUGAGAGCUUGCUACAGGCCAUCAGCAAGGCCAAUCACAACAGCCGCUUCGUUUACGUCAUGGACACAAGGCCAAAGUUGAACGCACUGGCCAACCGAGCCGCAGGUAAAGGCUAUGAGAACGAGGACAACUACUCCAACAUCCGCUUCCAGUUUGUCGGGAUUGAAAACAUCCACGUAAUGAGAACCAGCCUGCAGAAAUUGCUAGAAGUGAUCGGUAUUCGAUCUCUCUCCAUGAGUGACUACCUGGUGGGAUUAGAGAGUAGUGGCUGGCUGCGGCAUAUCAAGGCCGUGGUAGAUGCUGCUAUCUUCCUCACCAAGGCGGUCACGGUGGAAGGAGCCAGUGUGUUGGUUCAUUGUUCAGAUGGAUGGGACAGGACAGCCCAAGUCUGCUCCCUGGGGGCGCUGCUCAUGGACCCCUACUAUCGCACCAUCAAGGGCUUCAUGGUAUUAAUAGAGAAGGACUGGAUAUCCUUUGGACACAAGUUUUCUGACAGGUGUGACCAGUUGGAUGGAGACCCAAAGGAGGUGUCUCCUAUCUUCACUCAGUUUUUGGAGUGUGUCUGGCAGCUGACUGAGCAGUUCCCUCAGGCUUUUGAGUUCAGCGAGUGGUUCCUGCUGCAGAUCCAUGAGCAUGUCCACUCCUGUCAGUAUGGAAACUUCCUUGGCAACAAUCAGAGGCAGAGAGAGGAAUUGCAGCUGAGGGAGCGAACUCACUCGCUCUGGGCAUAUCUAAUGAGUGAAAAGCAGAACUACUUGAAUCCGUUCUACAGUCCCGCCUACUCUGACACACAUCCUGUGCUGGAGCCCUCCACCUUGCCCUACCAUUUCAAGUUCUGGAGGAACAUGUACCACCAGUUUGAUCGGUCCAUGCACCCACGGCAGUCUAUCCUAAAAACCGUUCUGACUUUAAGGGAGAACAGUCGCAAGACAGAAAACAUGCUGCAUGCACUGGAGACUAGGCUCCAGCAGCUUGGGGUGACCCCCGUUGCCACCUCCGACAUCCCUGCACCCCCUCCCACCAGAGAUCAGCGCUCCAGCAUUCUGCCGCCGCGGCCCGACUCCCUGAUCCUGGGCGCCCCCGUCAACCACAAGGAAGUGCAGCGCCAGGAGGACGAGGACGAGCAGGACGAGGUAGGCGAAGAGGCAACGGAGAGCACGGACACAGAGCGGACAGUGGAGGGCAGCAGCGGCACCGAGAGCAGGAAACAGAGCUACGGGGAGCUGGACGGCUCAUACAACGGCGAACUGGCCAAAGAGGAGCCGGCUGCUGUCAGUCUGGAGUUUGGUGUGGCACGCAUGACCUGCUGAAACCAAACAUAGGGAAUGUGGGACACUGAAACAUGGGUCUGGCUGAAUGAGAAGACUUACCGAAAGUGUGUGUGUGACUGUGAGUGUGAGGGGGAGGUAGGGGGUGUAAAAGAGAGAAGCUAUCAUUGUGUAUGUGCUUAUGUACUGAUAAUGAAAUGGUCUUGAAUGGGCCAUGUUGCUGAAGUUGUAUGUCUGUAUAGUCUAAAUCUCUAUGGAAAUCUUCAUUAUCAUAACAUAUACUGCACCAAUAGUUAAAAAGAUUUUUUUUAAAUGAAUGUUGUAAAGCACUAUAGAAAACUCAUGAAAAGAGAAUAAAUACAGAAACAAAUCAGCCUUGUUAUUUGUUAUUUAGGUUCUGUAUUUAUACAGAGCAGUAUAAAAUCAAACAGAUUUUAUGUUUUAACAGUAAUUUCUCCCAUGGCAGAUGUAGAGAAAAUCACAUUUUCUGGCACUGCAAAUGACUUCAUGUAAAGGCAGGAGGCCAGUACAAUCUGCUCUCCAUCCGAUUUUACUCUGAUCUGACUCAGAAAAUAUAGAACAUCAUGAAUAUAGGACACCACAAAUUAUAUGCCAAAAUGGGGUUAAUAUGAAUUAUGCCUUAUUUAUUUAUUUAAUUCAUUGGUAUUUGAAUGUUUUUUAAAAUUAGGAGUUCUAUAUUAUUCCUAUUAAAAUACUGAUAGAAUUUCAUUUUUAAAAAAUCCUAGGUGAAUAUGAAAAUGAACAUUUUUAUCUUACAUAAACGUAUGAAAAUCGCAAUGAUAAGGCUUCUUGCUUUAAUGGAUCUUUACCAUUUUCUGCUUUUCCAAUUCCACUGGGGUUCUUUGAACGGUGUUAUAAGAAAACCUCAAUAGAAGCCGAGACUUUAAACAGUUGCUCUAACUUGAGUGCAUAAUACAGAAAUACUGUUAAACCACCUCCUGAGAAGUGUCACAGCUGAACACAUAAACCUGUUUUUUUUUCUCACUUUGAUCAGAUAAUCUGAUUAGCUAAUGUGCAUUGAUCCCCAAAUCCCAUUGAUUGUAUCUGUCUGCCAUGCUCGUGGCCUACUCUUUAUGACAGCUGACCCUGAUCUGCAUUCACUGCAAACAGGAGAGAACAAGGUAUAAGAUUGAUAGAUCUUUUUGUACUUAAAUGUCGAUGUCAACCAUAAAACCCGUCAAGGUUAUAAAUCUAUCAGUGAUUCUUCUUAUGUCAGGACAAUUAUCAGAAGUUAAUAAUUGUGUUGUUCUGUACAAGAAAAAAGUAUCCUCACAUUUUGGCCAUGACUGAAAUUUUACAUACUUUUGGUAAAUUUAGCUAUCAAAAUCUAAUAGAGUGCUUUUGAUGAGGCAGAAUUACGCUUUUUUCCUUCUUUUAAGAUUAAAUCUGGGUUAAAUUUACCAUGGAGAUCCGUAGCAUGUGAAUUCAGGCCACAAGUUCAGUUUUAUUUUUGAGCCAGACGGUGUUUUGGCUCCGCUCACAGUGAUCUCAUUCCUAACAACCAUAAGAGUUCUGCGUUAAUUCCAGACUUAUGUUGUAACUCUGUUUUAUAUCAGGGCUCAGAAAGGAUUAGAUCCACGCAAGAUUAGAUUUACUGUGCAAAUAAAUAACUUCAUAAGUUCGCAGCAGAAUGGUAAGAUACUAAAUUUAAAGAAGGUCAGAAUAUUUGGAGCUGAUGUAAUGUGUAUGCCUGUGAUGUGUGCUAAAAAUGACUCUAAUGAAUUUGUGCUUCAGCAUUUGGAGUAAACUUCCUCUUCAAUGCCUCCUUCUAAAAGCCCUCACACGCUGUAGGAAUAAAUAGAGGCUUUUGCUUAUACACACAGUGACGCAGCAACUGGACAAAGCAGCAUUUAGCCUCAGACAAACACUUUUUUUAUGAGAAAAUAAGGAAGUCAUUGUUCAUUUGUAACAAGUUGGAGUGAAAAUAAACCAGCAAUUCACUGGAACGCAAUGUGUAUCGAUUCUGUUUUGGCUUUCAAAAAAGCCCCCCGCUGUUUAGGCUGUGAGAAAAGAGGAAACAAUUAAUCGCAUAGUAACGGAGACGUGGAAAAAAAA